CGUAUUGCAAAGUAUUUGCUUGAGAUCACCAAUACUAACACGCUGCUGUUGUGCAUACGCCGACUGUGAGCCAAGUGUCAACUUAUUACAUACGUGAUGCUAUAUAUUCCUAUACCUUAGGUAGGAGACUGAGUGCUUAGCAGGCUCGCUACGUUUCCCGCCAACGUAGGCUUCGCCUUGGGCUCAAAGGCCGGUGCCAUGGUUAUUCCGCUUUAAGGCGUCUACAAAACGCGUGGUGGAGAAGGCCUUUUCCUACCCUGCUAGACCCGCAACGCUGGUUUUGCUGGUACACCUGCGACCUUUACUUCAUCAAGGAGUAUAACAGCUGCAGAUCUCUACCUCAGCAGCACCUGCUCUUCAUUGCGUGCCUCCUGCCAGUUGCAAUGUGCAGAAAUGCCGAGAGCCUUUCAAAACGGCCUCCCCCACUUACGCUUACGAACUUUGCUGACAACACCGGUGCAUACCAUGUCAGCGUGAUGGACGUCAAGACGUGGAACACGCAGCUGCCAGCUGGAGAUGAGCCGAUUUCCGAUGCCAGCCUCUUAACACCUCGCCGCGAUCCCCAGCACGCAGCAACUAUUGGACCCUCCUGCGUCGCGCUACACGUGGAUCAGCCAGCUAUCAGCCCUGAAAGCCCACAUAUGACCGAAGUCGACCCAAAACCACCUUGCAGCCCACCACCGCUAGUACGUCGCAUCACGCCUACCAUUGUGUCGCGCUCUGAAGCCGUCCACCCACAACUCAUAACACCCAGACAAGAUAGCGUCACCAACGGCAGUUUCUCUCGGAUUGCGAUCGUGGACGCGGCCCUGACGACUUGCAGCAACAGCAGCCGCGGCUGCCUCUUGCUCUCGGGAGGUUGGCUCGGGAGCCGAGGUCCCCGGGCGGCCAAGACUGUACGUUGGCUCGACCACGUUGCGCAGCAGGCGGCAGCGGACGUUGUCGCCCGCUCCGGUUCCCUCACCUCCAGUCCGCUGCCGAAGAAGCACAGCAGCGCCGGCCCGGCAUCCUUUUGGCUGCCGCACACUUCCACGCUGCUGCAUUCAUCGCUGUCCAUGGGUUGUCCACCGCUUCAGAGCUGCUUAGAAGGCCCGAGAGCCGAGACCACAUGCGUCCGGCCGGUUGCGGAAGUCCCCACCGGAGCUGCAAACAGACCGUCCCCGCUGUUGUCAUCGUCAUCGUCGCCAUUGCAGUCACGGCAACCUAGCGAGCAGACUAGGCCACCCGCGCAGCAGCCGUGUCAACAACAGCCGCAGCCGCACCAGCAUGGGCAACUGCAGCAGCAGGAGCGGCAACAGAGCGAGCAACCGCCGCAAGACGUUGACGCAGGCGGAGAAGGUGAAAGUGAAGGGGUGGUUAGAGAGGUUUCUGAUUCCAGCAGCCUACUGCAGCAGCAGCUACCACAGCCGCAGCCACUUCAACUUGAGCUCUUCCUGAGCCCCUCCAUGCUUCGGGCCUUGGAACACUCGCAACCCAUUAGCUCCGUACACACGGUCCCUCGCAGCAACGGCGCAGAGCUGCAGGUCGUCAUUGUUCCGCCGCCGAGCCAUGUUAACGGCAUGUACGACAAUGGCAACGGCAACGACCACAACGGCAGCGAUGACUUGCUUGCAGCCAUGCGGGUUGCGGGACCUCCUUCUCCCAUGGUUUCCAGGAGCACGCGGUCCGAUUGUCGCGACAUGCGUGGCGCCGGCGGCAGGAACAGCAGCUUUCACGCGGCAGCAGGUGCGCCACGUGUGAGCAGUUGCACUAGCAGCGCUACCAGCAGCAGUGGUCGUCGCAGUGGCUGCAGCAGUUUCCGGGAGAACAAGCAAGCCGGUUGGGAUGACGUAUCGGCCUUUUGGAGGCAGGAGGAAGAGGAUGUCAGUGUGAGAAAUCGUGUCAUCAGAGGGGCAGCUCGGCGCGCCAGCUACUGCAACGGCUGCAGCUCGCAAGGGGUCGUCCCGGUCAGCAUGGACGCCCGCGUCGGCUUUGGCAGCAGCGACGGCUACAGUGGGGCUGGGGCGGUUGCCGGCGCAAGGAGAACUGUUGCGCAGCGCCGACACAGCAGCACCGUGGGAUACGGAGGUCAGCCGAUCGGCGGCGGUGUGAACCGUAGGGGGGAAAAUGGUUACACCGAGGAACCGGAGGCGGCGCGGCACCGCCUCGCGAGUCUUUCGGUGCAGGACUAUGUGCGUCAGUGGAUAUCUGGCAGCGGUGGCGGACGGGAUUCUCGAAAUGCGCAGCACGCGUCACAGCACGAGUGUUGCGCACCUGGGUUGGAAGGCGAGGAGCCGUAUGAUGGUUUUGGAUACGAGGGAUAUUUGGAGGCGGAGGCAGCUGUGCGGAAAGGUCGGGGGCGCUGCGAGGAUUUGGACGAGGAGGACGACGUGAGCGACAUUGUCAACAUCUUUGCGCGCGACAGCGCUGCUUACUACCCGAGUUGCUCCCCAUCUGACGGCAGCGGCGUCCGGCGGCAGCAACGCAAUGCUUGUGAAGCAAAGCAAGCUACUGCGUUGUCAGAUCGGAGCAGUGACCCACGGGUCAGCCAUCCUACCCGGUUGUCAAAGAAGCUGGCGCUGUUUGCGUCGAGGCUUGUAUCAUGUAUGAGCGGUCGUGCCGUUGACGGUCAGGAGUGAUGGAGUAUGCAUCGGUGAUCAGGUAUUGCAGGCUUAGGACGGGGGAUAUACGGUAUGAAUCAAGGGAUGGAGGGAAGGAAAAGCGGCGGAAUGCCGUAAGCCUGAGGCGCUUGUACAGUAGGCGUCUGCACCCAUGUAUACCAUGAAAAGCUCAUAUGGCUUAGUCGUUACUUUGCAAUGGAGGACCCUUGGGUGAAAGUCCAUGCAUGAUCGUGCUGCGGAGGGCUAUAAAAUAAGGGGUUGUAAGACGAGGAAGAGGGAUGCUGCUGUUGAUGUUGAGGGCCGUUCUAUGGAAAGGUCUAUGUCUAUCCUCGGGAAGGCAAGAGCUUGCCACUUGAGCAUUGCCGUUGCGUUGUGUUUUCCUGUGGCGUUUUUGGUCGAGCGUCCGCCAGGAGUGUUGUUGCCUAGGGCCGGUGGAACGGUCGCUGCUGCAGCUGUCAGUUUGCUGUACUUGUUAGUUGUUGUACUUGGUUUGCGCAAAGCGGCUCAUAACCAUAACACGUGUCCGUUGUGACCAGGACUCCAAAACGCCGUUUUCGCCGUAGUGCUACAAGCUACAACAUUUACCGCUGAUUGUACUCCAGACUUGUCAUGGCCUUCCUAGCCUUCUUAUAUCCUCGCUUGUUGUGUUGAUGCGAUGUUGGUUUGUUUGGUUUACAGCGCCUUUGUAAAGAAAGGGCGGGGCUGUAGUCAAUCCGCAGUGUGUUGGCGACAGGCCUACUGGUUGUGAUUCGUUAUGCCCCAUAGAUCUGUUGCCUAUUCAGCGGUGAUUGUGGUUUGCGCUUUUUAAGUUGUUAUUGAUAUAUGCGUCGGUUUCAUUGACUUUGUUGAUUGGCUAUCAAGCCGCCACUAGCCUGCGCCUUUGAUUAUAUUUUUGCAAUCCUUACUUCUAGGCACUGCUCAAAUUCGCCCUUCGCAGCUUUGAGCCUUUCUGGCGGUAAGAUUGGCGUACUUUCGGCCAUGGAUGCAUAAAUGCGGGAGUUGGAUGCAUAAAUGCGACAAGUGCCUAAUGCGUGCUUCAAGCGUAGCUGCGGUUGUUGGCAAUGAGUUUGCCCUCCUUUAUGCACGUAAGCGUCUUCCUAUGUGUAGGAUGUGACGGUGCUGUAGGGUGAGGAGGGACCAUUGUUGUUAGCGGUGAUGUUGUAGCCUUGGUUGUUGACGGUUGACAGUUGGCGGUCUUUCUUGUGAGUAACUCACUGUUUCUUCUAUGCUGUCAUUUGGGUCAGGGACAAGGAUAAGCGGCUGGGGCAUCCUUCAUUCCAAUGCUCGCCAUCGUGGUUCCGUGCCUUGUGCCAAACGUCGGGUGCCAACAAGGGACCGUUACUACGGUGGUCCAACCAGAUGCAAAACUGCACCAUAUUCAGCGACCGGGAAUGACGUUAUUGAAUACUUCUUGCCAUGCCUAAACCGAGUCCCUUCUGUGAGAGGGAUGUUGUGCGUGGCGUUGAUGUCAGCUGAGGUUAUUACGUAUUACUAUGUUGAGUUCCCUUGGGUUUUGAUGAAGACGGUUACAGUAUGCCGGGACCAGUGGAAGUGGUAUGCAUGUCAUGAGGGGGAGCAAUGUACUGUUCGCAUGCACGGAUAAUGUGGACACAUUGGAUAGAAGCCGUAUCGCGGGAUAUUGCUGCAAAUGUUUAGGAUACCAGUAUGCUAAUAUACCAGUAUGCUAAUACCGGUAUGCUCUAUAUAUUGACUUACAAAAGGAG